GCCGCAGAAGCGGAGCGCGAGUGUAGCGGGCUUGGGCGCUCGCCCACCAGACCUGCCUCGGCGGCGGCGGGAUGGAGCCGGCGACCGCGCCCCGGCCGGACAUGGCGCCGGAGCUGACCCCCGAGGAGGAGCAGGAGGUGUAUGAUUUUUGCCAGCUGUAGAUUCUGGGGACUCUGGAGAGAGUGUAAAUGGGAGAGCCUUGAGAGGGCCUGUGGUGGCUAUUGCUUCCUGCGCUGCAGCUGCUUUUUGUGGUGACUGCUGCUGGAUUGCUGGAUUGCCAAUUUGCUGGUUUGCUGGUUGGAGAUAUCCGGACUAUGGAGAUUGGACCUGCCCCAAGGAACCCAAAGCCCAAAACCAGCAGGAAGUAGUGUAAAGAGGUCUAUGCCCCCCUUUCCCGCUAACUUUCUCUUUCCUACCAAGUGUUGAGGGGUUGGAAUGACUUAGGGGUGGAAUAAAGGGUAGAAGGGUGGUAGGUAUAAGAACCCAAUAAAGAAGAUCCAAAAAAAAAAAAAAAAAGUACAUCUACAGAAAGUCAUGGUGGCUCACACUGUAAUCUAAACCUAGGUAAUUGAAGUUGGAGGAUUGCCAAGAGUUUCAGGCCCACUUGGACUAAAGAGCGAGAUUGUGUUUCACAAAAAGGGAAUGGGGUAUCCUGGCCUAAUUGUUGAGUAUGGGAUGAACAAGACACAGGUACACACACUGAAAAAGGAAUAAACCAUAAAUAGGAACUCAACUAAAACUGUAUCAUGAUACUUUAGUAAUUAUAGCCUUGUAGGGUCUUACAUGGUUAUUCCAGUAGCAAUGGCUGGGGUAGGACAAUAUAGCAGUUCUCUUCAGUAUUUAUUUAUUUAUUUAUUUUUAAAGAUUUAUUUAUUUUAUGUGAAUACACUGUAGCUGUCUUCAAACACACCAGAAGAGGGCAUCGGAUCCCAUUAUGGAUGGUUGUGAGCCACCAUGUGGUUGCUGGGAAUUGAACUCAGGAUCUCUGCAAGAGCAGUCAGUGCUCUUAAUCGCUGAGCCAUCUCUCCAGCCCCUCUUCAGUAUUUAUAAUUCUAUUCAUUGCCAACUAACAUGUUUGAAUAACAUAUUCUUUCACAUGAAAAGAAGUUAAUCUCCAGUAUGCUGAUAAGAAGCCUAUAAAAUCUUAGCAUUUGGGAGAUUGAGGCAGAAAAUGGAGAAUUUGAGGCCAGACUGAUCUUGUCCUCUGAUCUUCACAUGUGCAUGCACACACAUGCAUACAAACACAGUAAAUAGAAAUGUAAUACAAAUAAAAAAUAAAUUAAUGAGCUGGAUGAUAGUGGUUCAUGCCUUUAAUUUCAGCACUUCCACCAGGUCAGCCUAGUCUACAGAAUGAGAUCUAGGACAGCCAGGGCUACACAGAGAAACUUUGUCCUGAAAAAAAGCCAAAACCAAAAAAGAGAAAACGAAAACAUCAUUUUUUGAUACAGAAAUAUUAAUUUAUAUAGAAGUGACUAUUACUAAAGGUUAUUAUUAUUAUUAUUAUUGAGGCAUUAUCUUACAAUGUAGGUCAGUCUGUACUGGAACUUGUUAUGUGGUCCAGGAUGUCCUGAAACUCACAAUAUAGUCCAAGCUGGCCUUGAACACCUGAAAUCUUACUGCCUCAGCCUCCUGAAAAUUAGAUUAGAAAUGUGAGCCACCAUGUCCAGCAUGUGGUUAAUUUAUUCAUUUUAUUAUCUUUUAAAUUUAAUUUGACUUAUUUACUUACUCACUUUCCAGACUGCUCAAUGCCCCACUCCUGGUCAUCCCCUCCCACAGUCUCUCCCCCAUUUCCCCCUCUCCUUCUCCUCUGAACAAGUGGGGGCCUCCCUGGGUAUCCUCCUACCUUGGCACUUCAAGUCUCUGUGAGGCUAGGUGCAUCCUCUCCCACUGAGGCCAGACAAGGCAGCAUAGCUAGGGGAAAGGGGUCCAAAGGCAGGCAACAGUGAGAGACAGCCCCCACUCCAAUCAUUAGGGGACCCAUAUGAAGACCAAGCUGUACAUCCACCUAGGUCCAGCCCGUGUAUUUUCUUUGUUUGGUGGUUUAGACUCUGAGAGUCCCAAGGGUCUUAGGUUAGUUGACUCUGUUGGUCUUCCUGUGGAGUUCCUAUCCCCUUCUGGGCUUGGAAUCCUCCCUCCUGUUAUUUUAAUGUUAGGGAUUGAACCUAAGACCAUGUGAUCUAAUAUUGAUCUACACUCCCUGUCCUAGUUUUUUUUUUUAUGUAAUGAAUUAAUAAAUUUAAAAAAUCGAGCCAGUGUUCUCACUAUAGACCAGGUUAGCCUAGAACUUGCUAAGUAGAACAGGCUGGCCCCAAACUCGUUUUCUUCUAUCUGUUCUUUCUGAGUGCUGAUAACGAAAGUUUGUGCUGCCAUGCCGUGCUUGUUUUUUGAGACAUGAUUUCAUUAUCUGGCCCAGACUGACCUUGGAAAUCACUGCCAUGGGUUACCUAUUAAUAUUUAUUUGCAGAGCUUGCAAAGGAAAUCCUUAUUUUUGAUAUCAUAGUAUUAUAAGGACUAAAAAGGACUCACUGGAGCACUUACUGUGACUGUAAACAGUCAAUCAAGUUAGCUACUAUUACAUUCCUUUGGAUACUGAACUUUUGGGAUUUACUUAAACCAAUUCUAAGGAGGAACAACUGUUUGGAUUCAUCCUAGGAUCUAUAUCUUUAUUGUUUUUUUUUUUUAAUUAUUAUUCUUUCUUCCUGAGCUGACAGCGCUCCUGCAAACAUGGUGAACGUUCCUUAGACCCUCCAGACAUUCUGCAAGAAGUGUGGGAAGCACCAGCCCCACAAGGUGACGCAGUACAUAAAGGGCAAGGGUUCUCUGUAUGCCCAGGGAAAGCAGCAUUAUGACAGGAAACAGAGUGGCUAUGGCGGGCAGACUAAGCCCAUUUUUUGAAAAACGUCUAAAACUACAAAGAAGAUGGUGCUGAGACUGGCUACCAAGCAGUUUCUUGAAGAGAUCAACAAGUGGACAGUACAGUAUAAUGUUUCUCCUCUCUCUUGGAACGUGGCUGUCAAGUUCCUCAUGGCCAGAAAGUUUGAUGUGCUCCGUGCUGUAGAGCUGUUUCACUGCUACAGAGAAACAAGACGGAAGGAAGGCAUUGUGAAGCUGAAGCCUCAUGAGGAGCCGCUCCGUUCUGAGAUCCUCAGCGGGAAGUUCACCAUCUUGAAUGUUCGAGACCCAACUGGAGCCUCCAUUGCCCUUUUCACUGCCAGGUUACACCAUCCCCACAAGUCUGUCCAACAUGUGGUACUCCAAGCCUUGUUUUACCUGCUAGACAGAGCUGUGGACAGUUUUGAAACUCAAAGGAAUGGACUGGUGUUCAUCUAUGAUAUGUGUGGGUCUAAUUAUGCCAACUUUGAGCUAGAUCUCGGCAAGAAAGUCUUAAACCUGCUGAAGGGAGCAUUUCCAGCUCGACUGAAGAAGGUGCUGAUUGUAGGAGCACCCAUAUGGUUCCGAGUGCCCUAUUCUAUCAUCAGCCUGCUCUUGAAGGAUAAAGUCCGGGAGAGGAUUCAGAUAUUAAAGACAUCUGAAGUUACCCAGCACCUGCCGAGGGAAUGCCUUCCCGAAAAUCUGGGUGGGUACAUCAAAAUUGACCUCGCCACUUGGAAUUUCCAGUUCCUGCCCCAAGUGAACGGCCAUCCAGAUCCCUUCGAUGAGAUCAUCCUGUUUUCCCUACCUCCUGCCUUAGACUGGGACUCAGUACAUGUUCCAGGUCCUCAUGCCAUGACCAUCCAAGAGUUGGUAGACUAUGUUAACACCAGGCAAAAGCAGGGCAUCUAUGAGGAGUAUGAAGACAUUCGUCGUGAGAACCCUGUUGGCACUUUCCACUGUUCUAUGUCUCCAGGAAACCUAGAGAAAAACAGAUAUGGAGAUGUACCCUGCCUGGACCAAACACGUGUGAAGCUGACAAAACGAAGUGGUCACACUCAGACAGAUUACAUCAAUGCCAGUUUCAUGGAUGGCUACAAGCAGAAGAAUGCUUACAUUGGUACACAAGGUCCUUUGGAGAACACCUAUCGUGACUUCUGGCUCAUGGUUUGGGAGCAAAAAGUUUUGGUGAUUGUCAUGACCACCCGCUUUGAGGAAGGCGGCAGGAGAAAAUGUGGCCAGUACUGGCCUUUAGAAAAAGACUCCCGGAUCCAAUUUGGCUUCCUCACGGUGACUAAUCUAGGAGUGGAGAACAUGAACCAUUAUAAGAAAACAACUCUAGAAAUUCACAACACAGAGGAGCGGCAGAAACGCCAGGUAACCCACUUCCAGUUCCUAAGCUGGCCAGACUAUGGUGUCCCUUCCUCAGCUGCUUCCCUCAUUGACUUCCUGAGAGUGGUCAGAAGCCAGCAGAGCAUGGCCGUAGGCAGCCUGGGAGCACGCUCCAAAGGGCAGUGUCCUGAGCCACCCAUUGUGGUCCAUUGCAGUGCCGGCAUUGGCAGGACAGGUACCUUCUGCUCACUGGACAUCUGCCUGGCACAGCUGGAGGAGCUUGGCACCCUUAAUGUGUUCCAGACAGUGUCACGAAUGAGGACCCAGAGGGCCUUCAGUAUCCAGACCCCUGAGCAGUACUACUUUUGCUACAAGGCCAUUCUGGAGUUUGCAGAGAGGGAAGGCAUGGUUCCCUCUGGUCACAGCCUGUUGGCCAUGGAUGGUCAAUAACUGUUUCACAAGUUUCCACUUGCUGGUCAGCCUUCCUUAAACUACCCUGGACACUGCUGAGCCUAUAGGCUGCCAUCAGUUAUGCUGAAGCCAUGGAUCAACCUCUUUCUUGUGUCUCCCAGCGCACAUGUGCACGCAAGGCAGCCUUUCCCUUUGGCUAGAUAAAUGUGGUGAACUUGCCACUAGAAAGGGCCAGCAGCAAUAUGUUCUUAAUUCCUAGCACCUGCUAUCAAAGUGUGCCUUAUCAAAACCAAAUUGUGGCUAUUGAUUUUUGCCAGGGUCCCUGAGGUAAGUGGGGAAGGACCCCCUCCCCCAACCCCCAUCUCCCAAUGCCAUUCUUCUGGACAUCUCCUUCCCUUUGCUAUGAUUUGACAGGGAGGUUUGGUGAGCAUUCACCUUCCUACCCAGAAAGCUUGACCAAGUUACAUAUUCUAGAGAAUGUCCCGAGUGCCAAGCACGUUUAUACAUAGGGCGUGUAUUCCAGUCUUUUCUGUCAUUCUGUGUGUGUGUGUGUGUGUGUGUGUGUGUGUGUGUGUGUGUGUGUACGUAUGUGCACUUACGUGUAUGGAACCAUAUGUAUGUGUGUACAUAAUAUAUACUGUAUGUGAUAAUUAUGACCGUAUACUAUAAAUACAUAUACACACAGAUACUCUUUGUAGAAGUUUCUGGGGCUUUAUGUUGCAGUUCAGCAUUCCUUGCUUCUUGGACCCUGCUGAUUAUUCUGGACUGGCUGGGGUUGGGGAUCAUGGCUCUCAUGUUGUCAGACAGCAGAGUGACAGAAGACAACACAUACUUUUUUUCCUGGGCCACAGGCCCUCUUCCUUAAUGAUAUCUUUCCCUCUGGAGUCUAUGCCUGUUGGAGCCAAACAUACUGACUUACGGUAACACUGGUUCAUUUUAGCAUGGGUGUCCUUCAUCUAACAAAUCCUCUGUUUUCUUUGCUGAUUUGGGGAACAGACCUCCACUGUGAUUCCAGACUCUGUCUUAAGACCCCAGCAAUGGGGGACCAAGGCUAGAAAUGAAUUUACAGAGCUGCCAGAGCCCACAGUAAUCGGUACGAAGUUUUAAGAGGAAUAAAGGCGAGCCCAGAGUGAACAAGAGGAACCUGCCAUGAAAUUCCCUUCUUGGGAGGACAAACCCGGGCCUCUCUUUCUUGUGUUGGAAGAUACCUUUCUUUAUGCAACUCUUCCUCGUCUACUGAGAUGCCCAGCUCUCCCUGCCUGCUAGCCUGCCAGAUCCUAGACCUCAAACUGGAUGGUCUGUGUCAUUAUAAAGCAUACUCCUUAGGCUGGAUGAGGCUGUUCCUUGUAAUCCCUGGUCCCCUGCCCAUACAACUUGUUCCUGCCUUUCCCCAGUCUGAUUCGCCAGGAAUCGAAUCAAGAGUUCCCAACACUGUGUUCCCACAAAACCUUAUAGAACCCCUAAAUCUUCCCUUACUCCAGAAGAUGAGGUUGGCAGCUGGUCAGAGCUCAAUAAUUUUAUACUGUAAUAAGAUCUUUGAAUGUGUAUAUUCUUAUUUUUUACAAUCAUUUCACUUUGUAUUUAACAUCAAUGGACUGAGUCAGAUUCAGUAAAUAAUUGUAAUGUUCAUAUUCAAUAUCUUAUAGUGGUACAGUUUUGUAUUUACCUAUAAAUAUACCAAAAUGAUUAAA